UCUUUUUAAAUUUUAGCGGACUUAGUGGAAAGGACAAACGGAAUUACCUUCGAAGGCAGGUUCAGUGAGGUUUCAUGUUUACAGGCGUUGGAAUUUUGUUCUUAAAAAUAAAAAAUAAAGUGGCUAUUAAUUAAUAAUUAAUUCUGUGAAUCUUGAAUCGGGAUGACUGACACGUCUGACGACCGAAUACGGUUCCAGGUAGAGUUGGAGUUCGUCCAGUGCCUGGGGAACCCCAACUAUCUCAACUUUCUUGCUCAAAGGGGCUAUUUCAAAGACCAGGCUUUUAUAAAUUACCUCAAGUACUUGCUCUACUGGAAAGAGCCCCAGUACGCCCACUGUCUCAAGUAUCCCAUGUGCCUCUAUUUCCUCGAUCAGCUUCAGUACGAGCAUUUCCGCAAAGAGCUGGCCAACGCGCAGUGCACCAAGUUCAUAGACGAUCAACAAGUCCUCCUCUGGCAGCACUACACGAGGAGAAGGACUAAACUCUUGCAGGAACAGGCAGAAGCGUGUGCAAACAGAAUGGCGCAGACCAACGGUCAAGUGAAUCCAUCACAGACCUAACAGUUGAGUUAUGGACUGUUCAUACAGCGACAUGUCAACAGACUAUCUCUAAUUGAUUGUACAAUUGACGCGUUCAAGUGAUUCCAGAUCUCUGAUUUUAACUAAUUUAGUUUUUUAAUAUUUUUUUAUAUUUAUUCAAUAAAAGAAUGAUUAGAAGA